AUGGCGACCAGGACAUAUAUCCUAGCCCCGAAUUUUACCUACAAACCUGCAGGCGCAAUUCAGAUAGGCUCCAUCAUCGCCGACCCCUUCCGUCCUGCAAAGUCCCUAUCUCAGCCUGCUGUCUUGCCAGCUGUGGAAACCGUUGUGCAGUACAACCAUGAUGCCUCCCGUCAGACAAGUCGUUCAAUGAGGCUGUCUCUAUGGGCCCGCGCUCUUGAAGCUGCGGGAGCAGAGAUUAGCGCUUCGCGUGGUUGGGACACUACCGACUCUCUUUCGAUGGAGCGUCUGGAGACGCGCUAUCUCGCCCAAGAACCUGGGGACAACGAUCCGGAGCUCUUGAAGCGCCUGAAAGAACCCCUUGUUCAGGCAGCUAUUAAAGCUGGGAUAUAUGGCCAUGCGCCCGUUUACCUUAUCUCUGGUGUUAAGAUCGCCCGUGGGCUCACGGUUAGAUCCGAAACAAGUCGGGUGGUUGGAGGUGGGGUCGGGGUGACCGUUCCUGCGGCUCAGGCUGUAGGUAUUGACAUCGGGGGAGACGUAGGAGGCGAGAGAGGACGAGGCACGGCAACCUCUUUCACCAGCGAUGGUGAGGACAUAGUAGUAGCGUAUCAGGUGCAUGUCAUCAAGGCGAAGGGAAGGAAGACUAAGGAAAGGUUGACGGCGGAUGUGUUCGAGUCGGACGCGGCAUUUCUACAUGACGAUGAGGAGGAUAAUGAGGACGACGAGGAAGAACACCGCGUUGAGGCGAAGGUAGCAAGUGUUGAGUCGUUGGCAGACGUCGCUCGCCAGGUUGAAAUGGCCGUUGAUAGUGAAGAGGCUGAUGGGCCAGAUGGGAAGACCUUCGUACUUGUGCAGGCCAAGCAACUAAUAGGUUGA